AUGGAUAACUCAAUGGUCUGUUUGGCCAAUGCAACAGUCUGCAAUGGCACGUCCUGUCUGGUACCAGAAAGCAACUUCAACGCCGUUCUAGGUGCUGUCCUGAGCGCCGUCCUGACCACCCUGUUGGCUCUGGUGAUGUUCUCCAUGGGGUGCAACGUGGAACUCAAGAAAUUCCUCGGGCACAUAAAGCGGCCAUGGGGCAUCUGCAUUGGCUUCCUCUGCCAGUUCGGGAUCAUGCCCCUCACGGGAUUCAUCCUCUCCGUGGCGUUUGACGUCAUCCCCAUCCAAGCUGUAGUGGUCCUCAUCAUGGGAUGCUGUCCGGGAGGGACUGCCUCCAACAUCUUGGCCUAUUGGGUGGAUGGCGACAUGGACCUGAGCGUCAGCAUGACCACCUGCUCCACGCUGCUCGCCCUGGGGAUGAUGCCACUGUGCCUGUUAAUCUACACCAAAAUGUGGGUCGACGCGGGGAUGAUCGUGAUUCCCUAUGAUAACAUAGGUAUAUCUCUGGUGGCUCUUGUUGUUCCCGUCUCCGUGGGAAUGUAUGUUAACCACAAGUGGCCCCGUAAAGCCAAGAUCAUCCUUAAGAUUGGAUCCAUCACAGGCGCCGUGCUCAUAGUGCUCAUAGCCGUGGUUGGAGGUGUGCUCUACCAGAGCGCCUGGAUCAUAGAGCCCAAACUCUGGAUCAUAGGAACCAUAUUUCCCAUAGCCGGCUACUCCUUAGGGUUUGUUCUGGCCAGAAUCGCCGGUCAGUCCUGGCACAGGUGCCGAACCAUCGCUUUGGAAACAGGGAUGCAGAACACACAGCUGUGCUCCACCAUCGUGCAGCUCUCCUUCAGCCCCGAGGAGCUCAACCUCAUAUUCACCUUCCCCCUCAUCUACAGCAUCUUCCAGAUCGUCGCGGCAGCACUGUUCCUGGCAGUGUACGUGGUAUACAAGAAAUAUUUUAGGAAAAACAGUGUGGAAUUUCCGGAGAGCAGAGAAAACGAACCAGUACCUCAGUCAUCGCUCCAAUAG